AUGGGUCGUGCUACAAAUGACCAUUUUUACGGUGAAAGUGAUCGUUGUGAUAGUUCAAAGUACCAUAAUCGUGGUACAAGUGACUGUUGCUAUAGUGCAAAGUAUCAAUUAGAACAACAAUUAAAUCAUCAUGAACUUGAACAUGAAUAUCAUAAAGAACAAUUAAAACAAUUACCAAAUCCUCAUAUCAAUGAUGAUAAACGACGCCAAGCGAAAUUUCAAGAAUUAGCAUUAGAAUAUGAACGUAAUAAACAGGUCUUAACAGCACGUAUUAAACAAUUACAAUUUUCUCAAGCACCACUUCUAGCAAAUGAAUCCUCACCACUAUCAUCUAAUUCUGAAAAAUCAUCUAUAUUAACAACAGGUGUUAUUCACCAUUCAACUAUGAUUUUAACAUCAUCAUCAAAAAAUGCUCAUGAUAUUAAAUGUAUUUGUCAUUUACUUAAACUUGAUGUUAAUUCAUUACUUGAAAAUAAUCUUGAUCCAACUGAUGUAUUUCUUCGUCAUCAAUUAGCACGUACAAUUCAAAGUAAAACUCAUUGUAAUCAAUCAGAAGAAUUAUAUUCUGAAAUGAAUACAUUUAUAUUUGUAUUAGAUGAAAAUCUUGUUGAUGAUGAUACUGUAUUAGCUGCUGCCAUAUGGAAACAUUUUUUUUAUCAUUUUCAACCAACUCCACUUGAACGUCUUGUUACAUUUGUGACAUAUAUAAGAAAAAAUAUUCGAUAUUUAGAAGAAUUACCUAAUGAAAAUUUUAUGAAAAAUGAUUAUAUCUAUUUUUUAUUAUUACACGAUGGUACUUUUGAUACAAAAUUUGUUAAUCAACGUGAUCUUGAUAUUAAAAAUAAAGCUAGAGAAUUAUUAAAAAAAUAA